UCUCCCUGUGCCCACAGGCCCUUCUCCUUCUGGGGCUGAACCCUGUGUCCGCCUCCCUCCAGGACCAGCACUGUGAGAGCCUGUCCCUUGCCAGCAACAUCUCCGAACUGCAGUGCAACACGUCCGUGGACCUCAUCGGCACCUGCUGGCCCCAGAGCCCAGCGGGGCAGCUGGUGGCUCGGCCCUGCCCUGCCUUUUUCUACGGUGUCCGCUACAACACCACAAACAAUGGCUACCGGGAGUGCCUGGCCAAUGGCAGCUGGGCCGCCCGCGUGAAUUACUCCGAGUGCCAGGAGAUCCUCAACGAGGAGAGGAAGAGCAAGGUGCACUACCACAUAGCUGUCAUCAUCAACUACCUGGGACACUGUGUCUCCCUGGUGGCCCUCCUGGUGGCCUUUGUCCUCUUUCUGCGGCUCAGGAGCAUCCGGUGCCUGAGAAACAUCAUCCACUGGAACCUCAUCUCGGCCUUCAUCCUGCGCAAUGCCACGUGGUUCAUGGUCCAGCUCACCAUGAGCCCCGAGGUCCAUCAGAGCAACGUGGCCUGGUGCAGGUUGGUGACAGCCGCCUACAACUACUUCCAUGUGACCAACUUCUUCUGGAUGUUCGGCGAGGGCUGCUACCUGCACACGGCCAUCGUGCUCACCUACUCCACCAACCGGCUGCGCAAGUGGAUGUUCAUCUGCCUCGGCUGGGGUGUGCCUUUCCCCAUCAUCGUGGCCUGGGCCAUUGGGAAGCUGUACUACGACAAUGAGAAAUGCUGGUUUGGCAAAAGGCCUGGGGUGUACACCGACUACAUCUACCAGGGCCCCAUGAUCUUGGUCCUCCUGAUCAAUUUCAUCUUCCUUUUCAACAUCGUCCGCAUCCUCACGACCAAACUCCGAGCAUCCACCACGUCUGAGACCAUUCAGUACAGGAAGGCUGUGAAGGCCACUCUGGUGCUGCUUCCCCUCCUGGGCAUCACCUACAUGCUGUUCUUCGUGAACCCCGGGGAGGAUGAGGUCUCCCGGGCCGUCUUCAUCUACUUCAACUCGUUCCUGGAGUCCUUCCAGGGCUUCUUCGUGUCAGUGUUCUACUGUUUCCUCAACAGUGAGGUCCGCUCAGCCAUCCGGAAGAGGUGGCAUCGGUGGCAGGACAAGCACUCAAUCCGUGCCCGCGUGGCCCGCGCCGUGUCCAUCCCCACGUCCCCUACCCGUGUCAGCUUCCACAGCAUCAAGCAGUCCACGGCGGUCUGAGCCUGGGGCCCGGGAGCAGCCUCCUGGGAUCCAUGGCUGGGAAGAUGAUGGCCAGGCUCCCCGUCUGUGGAGGUGACCUGCUCCUUCCCACACUCUCCCCCAGGAGCAGCUGGCACCGAGAGCCUGGAAUGGCCCUCCCGCCCCAGCAAGCAGGAGCUCUCGGCUGCUGAGAGCAGUGACCUGGUGGGAUGACUGGAACACAGCCUAUGGGACUAUGGGACGGGGCACUCCCUGGCCCCAGUCCUCCCUGGAGAAGGAAAAUGGGAAUGGAGUGGAAAUGGAGAGGUGGGAAAACCACAGCAGCCUGUGGGUCUCUCCAAGAGCUGUCCUCUCCUGGACCACAAAGUGGCAGCGCACUGGAGACCUGCGGCUUCCUUAGCAGUGGUGGGGACGCCGUUCACUGCCCCAGGGGCAUUGUGGAAAACUCUUGUGACAGCAUCCAGUUCACCACAAUGAUGCCUCUGGACAACACCACUGGGAACCGAGGCCACAUGGUCAGGAGCCCUGGAGACUUCAUUAGACAUCAGGCCAUGUCCUUGGAAAUCACUCCCAAGCCUCCAGGACUUCAUGGCAUGGCAGCCCUGCCACCAGAAAUGUCCUGCUUUGCUGCCUUGUGCCCUCGGAUGCUUACUGUCCUGCAGGCCACACCGGCUUCCCCCUCACAUAACCACCGACAGUACCCUCUCCCUGACUGCUGGCACCUCCUGCCUCCAGUUUCCCCCUUUACAAGAAGAUGGGGGCUGGGAGGGGCACAAAGGGUCCUGUGGGCAAGAACCAGGGUGUGCCCCAGCAAGGCCAGUCUCCAAGCGAAGUGGGCACAGAACUCUGGAGCCCUCCAGCCUGCUGGCUUCAGUGGCCAGGCCUCUGGGGCAGAGCUUGUGGCCCUGCAAGGCCUCUGGGGCAGGAUCUCUAGCUAAGCUAAGGGCCCUUCUCUGCCCAAGUGCCCUGGAGCAGGAUGAGUGGCUCUGGGACAACCAGCCACCGGCUGAUCACAGAUCAUUUGGCCCCCAAGUGUGGACUGGCCCAGCCCCCACCAGACCCACCCAUGUGCAGAGGAGCCGUACAGGCAGAGGAGGGCUUUGGGGUGAGGAGGUGCUAGGAGAUGAGUGUCAGCUGUGAGGGGGCGGCUGAUGUAAUAACAAUAUUUGUCUUUUCAACCAG